AUGGACAACGUUUUCAACUACAUUGAUGAAAAUUCCAAAAAGUUUGUGGAGCGUCUUGCGACAGCAGUAGCUAUUCCAAGUGUUUCUGCUUCUGAAGAGAACCGUCCAGAUGUUUGCAGUAUGGUGAAGUGGACAGCAGAAGAAAUGAAAAAACUUGGAAUCACAACUGAAUUUGUUGAUAUUGGCUUGCAAACAAUGCCGUCCGGUAAAAAAAUUCCUCUCCCUCCAGUGUUACUUGGACAUUUGGGUGAUGACCCUGCGAAAAAAACUUUGCUUGUUUAUGGUCAUUUAGAUGUCCAGCCAGCAUCAAAGGAUGAUGGUUGGGAUUUUGAACCAUUUAUUCUGACAGAAAAAGAUGACAAAUUGUAUGGCCGUGGCUCGUCGGAUGAUAAAGGACCAGUUCUUGGUUGGUUGAAUGCCAUUGAAGCUUUUUGCAGUACAAAAACUGAAAUUCCGAUUAACCUGAAGUUUAUUUUUGAAGGCAUGGAAGAAAGUAAUUCUACAGGUUUGGAUGAAAUGAUUAUGGCAAGGAAAGAGACAUUUUUGAAGGGUGUUGAUUUUGUGUGUAUUUCUGACAAUUACUGGUUGGGCAAGAAGAAGCCAUGUCUCACCUACGGGCUCAGAGGAAUUUGUUAUUUCUUUGUGGAAGUUAAAUGUGCUGAGAGAGAUCUUCAUUCUGGAGUUUUUGGUGGCUCAGUGCAUGAAGCAAUGACUGAUGUGAUUGCCCUGCUCAAUUGUCUACUUGAUAAUAAUGGAAGAAUCCAAAUUCCAGGAAUUUAUGAAUCUGUGGCCCCAGUCACUGAUGAUGAAGCCAUUCUUUACACUGAUAUUGACUUUGACUUGGAGGAAUAUUGCAAAGAUAUUGGUUGCGAUCGACUGAUGCAUUCUUCAAAAGCGCAAGUUUUGAUGCAUCGAUGGCGCCAUCCAUCCCUUUCAAUUCAUGGUAUUGAAGGGGCCUUUAGCAGCAGUGGAUCCAAAACUGUCAUCCCCAAAAAAGUGAUUGGAAAGUUUUCCAUUCGAAUUGUACCCAACCAGGACCCAGAUGAUGUGAUCAAAUUAACAAAGACUUACUUGGAGAAUUAUCAUAAUCAACGUGGAUCGCCCAAUCAUGUCAAUGUGUCUGGCUGUGGAGGUCCAGCUUGGGUGAGUGAUUUUAAUCACAUCAAUUAUGUAGCAGGCAAAAAAGCAACUGAAAAAGUUUACGGUGUGGUACCCGAUAUGACCAGAGAGGGGGGCAGUAUUCCAGUUACUUUGACUCUUCAAGAAGCAACUGGUAAAAAUGUUCUUCUUUUGCCAAUGGGUUCAUGUGAUGAUGGAGCCCAUUCACAGAAUGAAAAGAUCAAUAAAACAAAUUACAUUCAGGGAAGUAAACUUUUAGCAGCUUACAUGGAUGAAUUGGCUCAGUGUCAGUGA